AAGUAAAGGUCCCCAAAGCAGGAGUCUACUAACUAAGUUAAUGUUGUCCACAUGUCAUUGACUCCUUGAUGGAGUGCACCUCGGCGUGCCAUGGACCAGGACAACGGCAACCCAAACGCCCCAUUACAUUACCGUUUCAUUCUUAAAAGGAUAAGGGGAUUUGCAAGAAGGAGGGGAUGGGGAGGAAGUGGUGGUGCUGACGAUAUCAACCGGAGUAUUCUAUCUGACAGACGUUCUUGAGUCAUCAUUUAACAUGGGCAGUCCGGAAUAUAUAAAUUCGCGCUCACACCAUUUCCGCUAAUGAAUAACCUGGCACGAGGAAAACUCUCCACCGACCCACCUCAGCAAGCUACCAACGUUUACGUGCCUUGCCGUCCAUCCACAAUGACACCUGAGACUACAGCUGCGUGCCCAGUGAUGGUGAGAGAGUGCGUCCUGGGGUCCCGCUGGCUGAUGGCUGCGCUCACGAUUCUGUUGCUGCUUUCCACGACGGUCACCUGCGUUCACAGUACCACCGUGGAGCACGACUUUCACAUCGUUCACAAUGUCGACAACAGAAGUCCAGAAAUAGAUCCAUUCUGGUACGUGGGCCGUGGGGUAAGGCCCAUCGGGCGUUUUGGGAAGAGGCAGAGCGGAGGAGGGGGCAGCGGAGGGCUCAGACACCCUGUGGCCAUGGUCAGCACACUGGAGAUUCUCCUCGACAUCAUCAGGAACCAGGAGAACAUCGGGAAGACACUUAGCGGAGAGGACGCCGACUGGCUACCAUGACAACAUGCUUGGCCGCUCGCCCGCCCCCACCAUCUGUGUCCGUGAACGUGUCUUUAUUUAAUCAAGUAUUGUCUUUCUUUGUCUCUAUCUCCUGUUUCUUUCUGUCGUUCUUUCUUUCUUUUCAAGGUUUGCUCUCAAGCCUACAGUAUGUCUUAGUCUAGGGACCUCUAAACUGGCCGACCAGUUGUAGUCUGUAUGGUACAUACUGAGAAAUGCAAUCUAUAUUGAUUAAUAAAUGAAGAUAGUAACAGACUAUGUUUUUGGUA